AUGGAGCAGCAAAGAAGUAUCGGGUCGUCGCAGAGCCCCAGAUCUCCAUCGUCUCAGCCAUAUCUGUCAGUUUCCGUGACGGAUCCCGUUAAAUUAGGAAAUGGCGUCCAAGCUUACAUAUCCUAUCGUGUCAUCACCAAGACCAAUUUCCCAGAAUACCAAGGCCCGGAAAAGAUUGUUAUUAGGCGUUACAGUGAUUUUAUUUGGUUACGCGAUCGCCUUUUCGAGAAGUACAAAGGCAUUUUCAUUCCUCCUCUUCCCGAAAAGAGUGCUGUAGAGAAAUUUCGGUUUAGUGCUGAAUUUAUUGAAAUGAGACGCCAAGCACUGGACAUAUUUGUUAAUCGGAUUGCUUCUCAUAAUUUGCUUCAACAGAGUGAAGAUCUUAGAACCUUUUUGCAGGCGGAUGAAGAGACAAUGGAGAGACUGAGAUCUUAUGAGACUGGUAUUUUCAAAAAGAAGCCUGCUGAUUUGAUGCAGAUCUUCAAGGAUGUACAGUCUAAGGUCAGUGAUGUUGUCCUCGGAAAGGAAAAACCUGUUGAAGAAUCAAAUCCCGAAUAUGAGAAACUUAAACACUAUGUUUUUGAGCUUGAAAACCAUUUGGCUGAAGCUCAGAGGCAUGCAUAUCGUCUUGUAAAGAGACACAGAGAGUUGGGGCAAUCACUAUCUGAUUUUGGUAAGGCAGCCAAGCUUCUCGGUGCUUGUGAAGGACAAGCUCUUGGGAAGGCAUUUUCUGAUCUUGGGGCUAAAUCUGAGCUGCUAUCAGCACAGCUGCAGAAGGAGGCCCAUCAACUCUUAAUGAAUUUUGAAGAACCCUUGAAGGAUUAUGUUCGUGCUGUUCAAUCCAUAAAGGCUACAAUAGAGGAGAGAGCCAAUGCAUUCAGGCAACAAUGUGAACUAGCUGAAACAAUGAAGUUGAAGGAGAUAAAUCUUGACAAGCUCAUGCUAACACGCUCUGACAGGGUGGGAGAAGCUGAGCAUGAAUACAAGGAGUUGAAGGCAGCGAGUGAGGAGGCAACAAGAAGAUUUGAGACAAUAGUUCGACUGAUGAAUGAAGAGAUUGUACGUUUCCAGGAACAAAAAACUCAAGACAUGGGGAUUGCUUUUCAUGAAUUUGCCAAGGGACAGGCCCGACUGGCAAAUAGUGUUGCAGACGCUUGGCGAAGUCUCCUUCCUAAGCUCGAAGCUUGCUCCUCUGCGUAACGAAUGAAGGCGGGUUAUUAUCAUUGAAUUUAUUCCUCGUCCUGGGUAGUUCUAAGAUUUGGGGAAUCGCUGAAUGGCUCUUGCUAUGUAAAAAAAGCACGACUAUCAGGAGCUUGUUCUGCCAUUUCAUGUUGUACUACCAGUUGUGGUACGGUUUGACCCGGUUCUACUUGCAUUUUAAACCGAAAUGUUAAAAGUCAAUGACCCGGCUCUACUUAAAUUACAAGAUGGGACA